AUGAAAGUGAAGUCAAAUUCGAACGGUCGAUUAAAGUAUGUAUCAUUCACGGAUCAGAUCGCCAAAGUGAGUGUAGAUAUUGCUCGAUGGCAUUCUUCUAUAACAGCUGUUACUUCGGCGGAAAAUGAAACUUAUUUUAACGAUACAGUUACCAAAUAUCGAGAUUUGGACUACGGCUCAUAUUUUGAAAACUUCUUGAAUGAUAUUCCAUAUUUUGAUGGUGAAUUACGGACAUAUGCACAACUUCUCCAUCGGAAAGAUAUCGUGGCAAAGGCUCUAAUUAAUCAUUUGAAUAUUUCUGAAAGUACCUCAUUGGUCACGUUACUAAAAUUGACAACCGCAUUCGUGCAAGAUAUUAGGGAAGACUUUCGGAGCUACAUAUGGGACUUUAUAGAAGCUACAAUAAGCAUAUUGGAAAGGUCGCACGAGGAUAAAGAAAUUCUCGAGACCGUUUUUUUCACAUUAGCGAAGAUUUUUUGGUUACAACGGCGACAUCUUGUUUGUGAGUUAUAUGAAGUUUUCAGACGUUUCAAACGGAUUUUUUGCUGUAAACGAUCCUAUUUACGCCGAUUUACUGCCGAAGCCCUUGCAUUUUUAUUACGGAAGUCGAGUGCAGUAGGAAAUCUUGUCGUAUUUUUGGCCGAAACAGCAUACAAUGAGAUCAACAACUCAUUACUUAUUGAUGGCAUAUCUCGACUAUAUUUCAAUGCUCUGAAGAUUACCAGAGGACAGUUCCAUAGUGCAUCGCCGCAGCUGUUAUCGGAAAUUUUGCAAGCAUCACUCGAAAUUGAGGAAAAUGGUGUCCGAAAUAUUGCAAUCCAGAUUUUGGUAGAUACGAUACGUCAGUGUAGCAGCUACACAUCAAAGGAAUGUAGUGAAUUGCUUGUGGAUGUUAUUUUGAGACAAUACAAGUCAGCUGUAGCAUCAUUCGACACAGUGAAAAGUUCGGCAUUGGCCAACUUUUUGAAUGCUUGGAUAAGUCAAAAAAUGGGCAGAUCACUGCAUAAGCCAUCGUCUCUAUUUCAAGUUAUAAUAGAUGGUAUGAAAAGUAGAGCCGGAAAAGUGGAAAGAGAGACUGUCGAAUUGCUGACCAGUGCUAUCAUGAGGUAUCAUGGCGAAAGUGAAUUACAUGCGUUAAUUACUGCAGCAAUACGCCUACUUAUGAGUGACGAGCAGAGUUGUGAUUUCGAUGUGAUAUUAGAUUUUCUUUACAACAUUUCCGAUAUUCCAUUGUUUGAUAUUUGGAUAAUGCCUAUUGUUGGUGCAUUUAUGUCACGGCUGGUUGUACAAGAGAACGCUCAGGUCAUUAACAGAAUUUUUAGAUUCUAUGCAGAUAUAUGCAAUAAACGAAGACCGAUUUGGAAACAUAAAGGGAGACGAAACUGUUUCUUCGACACGUCCAAUCAUUUGGAAGUGCGCAGUCGACUUAUUAAUAUCCUGAAAUCGUCAAAUAACUUCGAUACAGAAAUUGUGGGUUGCUGUUUGAUGGCAUAUCCUUGGUUGUGGACUCAGUCCGAAAAUCCGAAAGAAAUUGCUGCUGUAUUCAGGAUUCUCGUAGCAUCAAUGAGCAGCUUAGGCAACGUUGAUGCUCGUUUAUCACUUCUUGCUGCAAAUGCUUGCUUCCUAUUUGAUCCUAGUUUAUUCAGACAAUUUACUCUCGAUAGUCUACUGAAGUUUUACAAAAAUAUGGGCAAUAACGAAGCAGCUCUCCGUACUUUGGCUUUGAUACUGCCAUUUGUUGAAGAUUUCGAGAAAUUGAAAAAUAUUUCUGCUAUGAGCAAGGUUGCAAAUGAAAUUUUGCCAAUGUUUGGUCAUUGGAGCAGUCAUGUACGGCAAAUCGCUCUGGAAGUUUUGAUUUAUUUUAAUAUUCCAAUGAAUAAUACGAAAAACGACAGCGAAACAACUGUUGAAAUUGAAAGUGUUUUUGAUCUUCUUCUACGAGCUGAAAGAACACCAUGGACUUUGGGAGAAUAUAGGACGCGUUUAAUGAUUCUGCGCCAGUUAGCUUACGGCGCACAUGCAAAACAUAUGCCGCAAGGUUUUGAUAUAGUAAUUGAGACGAUUCCUUUGCGUGUUAUUAUUGGGAAUCUCUAUGAACCAUUUUCAAUUGCAUGGAAAGAAUUAAAAAGUAUUAUCCAAGAUUAUGCUUAUGGAUUAAAUAUUGAUGCAUUCUUCUCAUUGUUCUUGCCUUUUCUUGAUCAUAUGGAGUUAAAGAAUCAGUAUGUUAUAUCUGACGAUGAUGGUAGUUUAAACUGUAGUAUGCUUGACAAAAUGACAACUAUCGGUGACAAAAGUCCGCAGAAUUACGGAGCUUUUCGAUUGGAGAUGUUCGGGAUUCUCAAUUGCAUAAGUGAUUUAUGCGAACGUCGAACUAAACUGCUCAGUCCUCUCUUCAUUCGUUUUUUCAGAAAUGAAUAUCAACAAGGAAAUUUGUCAGAAAGACGAGAAAGCAUCAUAGUGGCUUCAUCCAAUCUUCCUUGUUCUACAGAUAAGGAUGAAUGGAAAGAUGAGUCGAACAACGAUCCAAAACUGUAUGACAGUGAAGAAUUCGAAUAUGAACGCAAAAUGAUAGAAGAAGACAAAUGCAUUGGACGAAAAUUGAUUAGGGAUAGCUUGAUUACUCUUCUGGAUUUGUUUGCAAAUUUUACUUCACCAAAAACUAUUUACAUGGCGAAUGAAAUCCGAGAUUUAUACAAUGAGCUUUUGAUAAUUGCUGAUGAAACAGUGCAACAGCGGGCGUUGAAAUGCAUAUUCACCUAUAAUUACAAAUACGUCACGCCAUACAGAGAACAUCUAGAAUGUUUAGUGCAGGAACGAACGUUAAUCACUGCUUUGGUGAGGUUUUCGAUUGACUAUCAUAAUUCCGUGAUUGACAGUAGUCAUCGUGUUGAUGUUAUGCCGAUUAUAUUGAGGCUUCUGUACGGGAAAUGCAGUAUACACUGUAAGAGAGAUAUAACGGAACGGCGAGCAGCUAUAUUUCGGUUUCUUGCUGGGACCACGUCGGAUGAAUUGGAUUUCUUUUUCAAGCUCCUUUUUGCACCUUUAUUAAAAGUUAUCGGUCAAGAGCAGUCACUAGAAAUAUUUUGCAAGCGAACAGUUUCAACUUUUGAUGCUUCUUCAAUGAUUUCGUUACAAAUUAUCAAAGGCUCCUUUCGUAGUAUCUCAUUGAUAGCAACCGUGCUUUCACCAGUGCUAACAAAUGCCCAAAAACAGUUAUUGUUUCGGGUUUGCUUGGCUGCAGCCCUGCUUUCUCGUUUGGCAAUGGAGAAUUUGCUUCUGGAUCAGCCGUAUCUCGUCAAACGACUAAGGGAAUUGCGUCGACUUGCCUGUAGUGCUUUUAAAGAAGUUUUCCAUAUAUGUCAAAAUCGCAUGUUUGAAGCCGAUGAGAUCAAUGCAUUUUUGGUGUACAUUAUUGUCCCACAAUGUAUAUUUCAUGAUGAUGGUUCUCCAGAAGUUCCCCUUAAUUUUCUGCGACUAUUUCUUUCAUGGACAUCGAUUCCGAAACUGUUCUACCUUUUACGUCUCCAAGUUCCAUCAACCAGCGGUACGGUGUCACACUCAGUGCUUUCGAUCGUAUGCAGCAUGCUCGCAUCGAAAAGUGUUAGCAAGUUGAUGAAAGAGAAAAUCAUUGAUGGUUUGCUCAGUUUGCUUACUUUGGCAGAUGAGGUUAUGUCUGGUCCAGUGGUAGAUAUCAACCUAGCUAAACUUCCGGAAAUUCCUGGUUUAAACAGUGGAACCUCCAUGGUUCUUCCUGAAUUGCCGAAACUUUUAGUAUUUAUUUUUGACUCCUUACCUGUACAAGGUGAAAGUCGUAAACUCAAUACGAAACAUUUGGAAGUUUUGAACAGAAUAAGUGAGUUCAUUCGGGAUGAAGAAAUGAUUAGACGAUAUGUUUCAAUCCUACUAACAUUUUUGGAAUCAGGAAUUGUACGUUCCGAUGAUGCUGUUCAAUCUUCGCUUCUAACUGUUUUACGGAUGGUUACAGUAGCAACUGAUCCGACUCAGUUUUUAAAAAAUCUUACAAAUGUGCAGUCCUUAUUAAAGGAGCGUUCGCAUCGUGAAACUCUGCAAAAAAUUGAACAAGCUAUUGUAAUGAAACUGAUGGAAAACGAUAAAAGGAAAGCGGAAUUAUUGAGCUAUGUGGCAAGUUUAGAUGCAUGGGAUGGAAGACGAAUUGAUGAGCCUGAUUAUGAUAAACGACACUGCGCUUAUCUAAAUCUCCUUAAGGCUUUAACAACAGACGAAGUAAUUGAACCAAUAUUACUCUAUCUGAUAUUGCAUAACGAUUAUUAUGUUAUUGUUCAGGUGAAUGAUAUUUCAUUGCGUUCAGCUGCAACCAAAAAUUUUCAUAGUAUAAUUGAAUACUUUGGAAAAUGUAAUAUGAAUGGACGUGAGAAACAAAAUGGAGUUGAUUCUCAUAUGUUACCUCUUAUUCUAAGGGGCUUACAUGAUGCAAAGGAGGUAAUACGCCAUGAUUUUGCUAAUCUCUUGGUUUCGAUGAUUAUAUAUUUCCCGACACACAAACAUCUUCGCCAUCUUGAAUCACUUAGGAAUACUGCAGAAGUUGAUUUAGACUUCUUCGAGAACGUUACUCAUAUGCAAAUUCAUCGGCGACAGCGUGCGUUUUACAAACUUGCUCAAAGUUUGCAGUCGGAGAAAAUCCGUAUUCCAAACGGAGUAUUGCUUCGUUUCCUGCUGCCCUUUUUGCAACCUUACAUGGUGAAUUUAUCUAGUAGUACAUCAGCCCUUAGCGAUGCUUCUCUAGCACUUUUUACGCAAAUAAUGCGUGGUGCACCGUGGAAAAAAUACUUUCCAAUGUUGGAUUUCUAUAUGAAGCGUUUGAAAAAAGAAAGUGUUAAUGUUAAUCACAAAGCAAUUAUAAGGAUCAUUGUUGCUCUCGUAGACGCUUUUCACUUUAAUGUUUCCGAAGGAGAGCAGCAUGAAUCUGUUAUAAAAAAGAGAAGAACGAAUGACGACUUAGAAAGUGAAAUAAAUGAUAAAUCUGAAGAUUGGACAGAAGCUAGGAUUGAAGAUGGCACAGCUGAAGUGAACCCUGGUAAUACAUUAAAAGAGAGCACUUCAUCAAUACAUCAGAAGGUUGUCGGGUAUUUGAUACCACGACUGAAAGACUGCGCCACCAGUAAAGACUUAGUAUCUCAUCGAAAAGCCCAGUCCGGGAAAUAUUAUAAAGAAGAUGAUGACAUACAGAGGGCUCCUGUUGCGUUGGCUACCAUCAAGCUACUUCAGAAAAUGCCGCAAAAAAUUAUGGACUAUAAUUUGCCUGGUGUGAUAAUCAAGGUCUGCUCUUUGUUGAUGUCACGAUCAACUAGUGUACGGGAAGCAGCGGGUAAGACUGUUAUCGAAAUUGCUAAAAUAUUGGGUCCUAAAUAUAUUCGUUUCAUAAUACGAGAAAUGAAGCAGACCAUGAGAAAAGGUUAUCAGCUUCAUGUGAUGAUUUUCUAUGUGCACAAACUAUUGUCAGCUAUGGAGGAACAGCUUUGUACUGGUGACUUAAACUCAUGUCUAAUGGAUAUCAUCGAUAUUUGCACCAUGGAUUUAUUUGGCGAUACAGCUGAAGAAAAGACUGUAUCUGGCAUUACCAAGGAUGUACCGGAAGCAAAAAUACAACGAGCAUAUGAGACAUAUAGAUUACUUGGUCGAUAUAUAAGCUCUCAAUGUCUUGGCAGUGCGCUAGUAGUCUUGAAAAAGAUCAUAGAAUCUGCACCAGAUGCAAAAACAGUGCGAAAGGUAAGUCGUUUAUUGUGGCAGUAUUCAUUGGGAAUAUCGGCCAAUGAAGGAAUUAAGCCUGAAGUUGCGUUGAUAUUUGCAUAUCAACUGUUAAACGAUCAAAUAAUAGAAAAUCUGGAGAACAGGACCGGUGUUCAACUAGAUGCGAAACAAGCAAAGGAAGGGAAACGUCCAGAAAGUUGUUUGGUAUUGGAAAAUGAACCCAGUCGUGUAGGAGUGGUUGUUAAAGUGGCCAUAAGGAGUAGAAUGCACAUUUUUGUUGAAUUUGGCCUCUCUGAGCUGUAUUUGAUAUUGAAAAAGAAGACUUUUGAUGUGGAAUCCAAGGACGACAUUGCGCGAUUAGAUCCAUUUGUUGAUAUUAUUUUAAAAUGUCUAACUCUAAAAUAUGAUAAGAUCCUUGUUAAUUCUUUGCGUUGCUUCCUGAUAUUACUGAGAUUCCCUCUUCCUUCACUGCGGUCGAUUAUGACUCAGUUCCUGAACCGUUUAUUCAUCCUGUUAGCUGAUUAUACAACUUCGAGUGCAACUGGCAAUACCCAAGAGUAUGUCCGGAAAUCUGCGGAAGUUUCUCAGCUAGUGUUUAAGGCUAUUACGCAAGUAAUAAAGGAUGCACCCUCUCUUGUGCUUACAUCGAAACGUUUGCAAUUACUUCUAACCUAUGUUGAGACUGAUAUUAUUGAUAAUCAGAAGCAGGCAGUAGCAUUCCCACUUAUCAAAGCAGUGAUUAUCCGCAAACUUCAAGAUCCAAAGAUCAUCGAAAUCAUUCAGUAUCUCGCAGAAACUGCUAUUAUAUCAGAAAUCUCGCAUAUUCGAGAACAAUGCAGGCAGGUGAUUGCCCUAUUUGUUGGAAGCCACCCGCAAUGUAAAAAGCCGUCGAAAUAUGUUGAAUUCUUCCUGGAACAACUUGAUUAUCAGCACGAAGACGGCAGAAAAUCUGCAGUUGAAAUGCUGAACAUAUUUUUUGAAAAGCUCACAAAAGAAAUUAAUGAUGAUUAUGCUUUAUUAGCGUUUGUAAAACUAGCAGCCCGAUUAAUGAACGAUGAAAGUGCAGAAUGUCGUCGGAUGGUUGUUUUGGCUAUACAGAAGUUGGUAGUAUCUGUAUCAGAAUCUAAGCGAGAUGAUCUCUACUUAGCAACAAGGGAUUGGCUGGAAAGUAAAAAGGCUAUAUACAUUUGUAUUGCCGUGCAAGCACUAGUAAUAUUUAGUAGGUUGGAAGGUAGAAAAUUUGAAAAUAUUCUCCGAGAAUUAUCACCUAAACUGUCGGAAAUCGUUCGUGCUGAUAUCUUAUAUUCAUAUGCUGAAGAAAGCAUUGGUACAAUUAUUGAUAGUCUGAAUUCGUUGAUAAGCGAGCACAAAAACCAAACGAUCCAGUUUGCUGAAGAAGGAUUGCUAGAUUCUAUAUUAAGAGAAAUGGGUCCUUUUGCGCGAUGCAGCAAAUCACCAACUGUUCAGCUAUCUGCAGCUCGAUUUCUUGGCUCAUUAUUUUCCAUUCUGAAUAAAGAUUACAUGUUGUCACGAAGUGAUCCAUCUGUCCGAGAGUUCUUGCAGUGGACACUGGCGCAGAUGAAAACUUACCAACUAACCAACGAACUAGCUGAACAGGUAGCGAAGAACUUGGUAUACCUUUUUGAUGUAGUUGCUCAAUCAGAUAAUGAUCUUCGGUGGCUAUGUCACAGAUUAAGUGUGUUGUGUAAUUUUGAGUUAGUCAAGCUGCCAGCUGAAAAUAUUCGAAGAAUCAAUGUUUUUAAAGUGACAGCAGUCAUCGUCUUGAAAAUUGAUCCUAGCCGAAGCAAUAUUGUGAUACAAUCAUUAUUGCCUUCUCUCUGUCGUGAAAUGCAAGGCAAAUCAACACAAAGCACUGAAAUAUUGCAAAAGGUCGCAGUAGAAGUAGCGGAUACAAUAAAAGGAAGGAUUGGUGACGAGGAAUUUACAAAACAGGUAGCUGAAUGCAAUAAAUUGUUCGCCGCUAAACUUGAAGGAAGGAAACGAAGAAGAAAGGAAGAGGCUGUUUUGGACCCGACUAGCGCGGCACGAAAGAAAAUUCGAAAAAAUAAGUUGAAACGAAAGGUGAAAAAAAGACGAACAGCUGACUGA